CCACAGCGCUCAAGCGGCGGUUCCGCGUUCGAAAAGUAGAAGUAGGCUAGUUGACAGCUUAGCGCUGUAGUUUUCGUGGCUCGUAGGUGGUAAACUGGAAAUUAUUCCAGGUUUUCACGCUUGAGACUUAGAAUGACAGAUGGGAGACCCUGCAAAGUGUGUAACUUCACACGGCAGAAAUCCUACGGCGUGGUUGUGCCCUCGCUGGAUCAGCUGAAGAAAAAAGGAUGCGAGUUCCUCGGAGUGAACCCGACUGACCCGGUCACUGUGGUCCUGGAGGGCGACGGCACCAUAGUGGAGGACCAGGCCUACUUUCUGUGUCUGCCCUUCAACACAAAGUUCAUGCUGCUGCGUGAUAAGGAGACGUGGGCUCCGGCCCGCAAGAUUGAUGGCGGCACGGCUUGGAUGGCGAGAGAGUCCAUGUUGCUGGAGGCCGACGCCGUCGACUCGGCCGUCGUCGCCACGCCGUGGUGCAACCUGGCGCUGCAGCUGAAGGAAAACCUGAACAGUAUCAUCCUCAUGUCUGAGGGAGACCUACAGUCAUUAGUGGAUGCGUCGUGCUCUGAGCUGGCCUCUGUCCUGGGCUUCCAAGAGAAGAAGACCCAGGAACUCCAGGAGACUCUGCAGAGGGUUUUGGACCGCAAAGAGGAGGAAAGGCAGUCCAAAGAGCUGCUCCAGCUGUACCUCAAAGCUGUGGGGAAAGAGGACGGACAGCAGGGAGACCCGAGCCCGCCCAGCCAGGAUGGUGCUGGAGAUGUGGAUAUGCCCGACGGAAUGGAGGUGGAUUCUGCGUCCGGAUUCCUAACCAGGACACUGAUGGUCCUGAAAGGCAAAACGAGUCCAGAGACCAGACUUUCCACUGAGGAUUUGCAGGUGGUGGUGAGCAAAGGCCUGGAAGCCAUGCAGCAGGUGCUAGGCUGGGACGCGGCGAGGACGUCCAAGCUGCUGCAGGCCUGCGAAGCGGAGCUGUCUGCUCGCCUACAGCAGAUCCAGGCCAUGCAGUCCAUCAGCAGCACACAGCAGGACGGCAGCACACAGAAGGAGGGGGCAGGGACGGCGACACAAGGCGGCAGCUAGGCCGGGGCUUUUACCUGAGCAGAGACUGAUGGGGAGUCACACUAACCUGCCUCGGGGUCAGGAGGAUGCGAUUUGCUCUGUGUUGCUGUUUAGAUAUUUACUGCUGGAAUACAUAAAUGUUAAAGAUGUGGAUAUCUGCAUUUUUUUUUUUUUUUUUUUUUUUUUUUUUUUUUGAGAAAGCUGCAAGGCAAUGAAGGGGGUUGAUGCCCGCUGAACGAUUGGGUUUAUUUGAACAAAUCAUUUUUUUUUUUGCUUUGUAUUUGGACGGGUGCUGUACUGGGAGGAUGGCUACACAGAAUCAUAGCCUUGUGAAUGUUGCCAAACCAGCAACAGCAGGCUUUUUAGCAGAGGCAAGCAUGGCGUUGUUGAAAGUGAACACGGAUUUCAGCCAGUAGCCUACCUGGCAAGUAUCGAGGGCUAAAUGAGCCACAAUUCAGUAAGAAACUUGGUGAAUAAAUAUUCAUAUGGUUCGAAAUGUAAAUAAAAUUGCUAAUGACUGUAAGGUUAUCUGUAAUGAUCCAAAUAUGUCUAAUUUAUGAAACCCAUAAUUACAUGUGUAAAUCCUUUUCUUAAAGCUAAAUUCCUUGUAACACUAUGUGUAACUAUUGUAAUGUUUAUUUCACAAUCCUGUGUCGCAGCACACAGUGAACGUUUCACUUUUUGAUUCUUACUAAAGACAGCGGGCCUGACUAACACCUAUAAACAAGGUGUUUGGUCUACUGUUGAACUGCUGUGGGUACACCAAUCUAACGUAACUUGACAAGCUAAUGUGACUAUUUAAAUAAUUUCAUGGACUGUCUAUAAGGGAACUAUGAAAUGAUUAAAUACUUAAACUAACAUACAUGGAGUAUAAGUUUUAAUUGAUUUUAAAAUUGUAUUCAGUAUCUUACCGACAAGUUAUUAUUUGGAUUUUAUUUAUCAGAUUUCUUUAAAGUAUCACAUAUACAGUUAUUUGUUGUUUGAUAAUUUAUUUUCUAUAUUGUGUCACUUUUAGCCCUCAAUACUGAAAGUUCGCCAUACACGUUUCUUUUUUUUCUGAACGAAUGUCCACUAGAUGGCACUGUACAGGGUUUCUGCUGGGCCCACGUUUGUCCGUUAGUUGCUUUCAUAUUAGGUUUGUACCCCUUUCAUUUUCUGUUUUUUAUAUAUAUUUUUUAAAUUUUCUAUAAGCUUAAUUUUGCUAUUAAAAGUAGCGUAUCGCGUUUUUAGGCAAUUAAAAUCAAAGCUCUACUGGAACAUCAUCCUUUACCAGCUCCUUUGAACUUGGAAAAAAUGUGUAUGCAUAAUGUUCGGCUUGAAAAGAGGGAUUUUAAUUGCUGGUUAAAACACAUGGCUAUUAGUUGUUCUAAGGCUUGUUGUAUACAGUAAGCAUUGGUGUAAAAGUACUGGAGAUGCGUUAAAAAAAAAAAAAAAAA